AAACAAUUGAAAAGUAAACAUGAAAAUAAUUUAACAGCUGAUCAAGGUGUGAAUAUUAUUUUUUGUACUUACUGCCUUAAUAGUUUUGUUUAUGCCGAUUCUUUGUACACGUGAAACAUUUAAUUUCUAAAGUUUAAAAAAGAGUUUUAAUGGUUUUGCGAAAUGGAACCGAUGGCCGAAAUAGCAGUCAAUAGUAAAUUGAGUUCAGAUGCUAAAGAAGUUCUAAUAAUUCUUAAAGAAAGCAAAAGUUUAGAAGAGAAACUGAAAAGAUUUAAAAAUUUCUUAUCAAGAGUUAACAAUGAAGACAAUCAGCACAUUUUUGAUUUAAUAACACUUUAUUUUCUCCUUGAAUCAAAACAUCCAGUGAAGAGCUUAAUUCAAUCUUAUUUCAACCAAUUACCUGAUAAAAAGCCUGAAGCUAUUAAAAUAUUUAAACAUUUAAUCAAAUUCCAAAUUGAUGAGCUCCAAAUCAAUGACCUAGUUAACGACUGCAAGUUUGUAAAUCAUUUCAAUGAACUAUCUCAGAAUUUUCAAGUAGCCUCGAUUGCGAUUGGUCGUUCCUCACAGAGUAUACUGCCAUAUAUUAAUAGACUAAUUGAAUUAUCUCUACAACAACUUUGCACAGCCUUGUCACCAACAAAGAAAAGUGAAAUUAGUCAGAUCUUGCACAAUAGUUUUCAAGCAUAUAUAUUUACAAUCAGAAGCUGUAUCCAACAUUCAGACAAUGAUGAUAAAUUGAAUUUUGUGUCCCAUGUUGAAAAAUUAAUAAGAAUAUGCUUCAAUAUUUUUGAACAGAAAGAUGUUAGCACUGAGACGAAAAAUAUCUUCUCUAUGAUCAUAAUAAUGAAGAACAAUUAUGUCAAAGAUAACAGCCAUUAUUCUAUAAUUGCGAAUGAAAUGGAAAGUCUAGACAAGCGUUUGAGCUUAAUAUUUGGAGUCAUUCAAAUUGAAAGCGAUGAAAAUCUAGCAGAUAUUGAAAAAUUCUGUAAUUUACUCGAGAUGACUUAUUAUAAUAACACAGUUGAUAAUGGACUAGUUUAUACAAUUUCGAGGUUAUUCAUGCAAAUAACUAAGAAAUUAUCUACGUUCAAAUCAAUAGAAAACUAUCAACAAAUCAAUUCCAUUCUUCAGCCAGGAAUUUUAAUUGCUUUUCUUAAUUUAAAGCAUAGCGUGGAAUCAAUUAGAUAUUUAUCGAAGGAUACAAUUAAAAAUCUCAUUGAAUUAGGAUCAAAAAUUUCUGAUGGUACCAAUCUUAUUGGAAAUAUCUUUGAGAAAAUUUCUGCAUUGCCUACAGAUGUGGCAGCUUCUGUAGUUGGUUCAAUUCACUCAACAAUUUCUGUAGAAAGAAUUUUGGAUAUGAUUCCUGACUUGCUAAUAAGGAUUGUGACAUCGAUAAGCACAGAUAAGGAGAACAAAAUAAGCUGCUACAUAACACUUUCUAAUAAAGCCUGUAGCGAGUUAUCGUUUGAUAACUGGUUUGGAGAUUUUAUUCAACCACUUGAAAGCAAGAUAAAAUGCAAUGAAAACACACAAGAAGAAAUUUCACUACUAAAGGAAUUAAUGCUAAGGUGUAUUAAAAAGGAUAAGAAGGCGAUUGAAAUUCUCUUAAAGAGUAGAAACGACUUUGACAAGAGAUUCAACUUUAUGAUAUUAAAUCUAGCUAAAGAGGAAGGACUUUUGGGAAAGAAUUCAAAUGAUUACUCAUUAUGGAGAGGAAUAAUUUCCUUUAAUGAAAUAAUGAAUGCAAUGGUCAACAUAGACAUCAACAUUCGAUUAUCUGCACUUUAUCUUAUUGUUGAUACCAAAAAAGUUACAGACAGGUUUUCGCAAGGAGAAAUUGAAUGUAUUCUAUUCUUUUUUGAACAUAAUAUUGGAUUGCAAAUUCCAUCUACUAAACAAUCUAUGAUUGCAAGCAUAAAAAAGAUUUUUGCAAGACUAAGAUCUACUAUACAAUACAUGAUGAGAAAAAACAAAGACGAAGUUAAUGCACAGUUGGAAAUAUUAGUCAAUUUCUGCGAAUUCUCAAUCAAAAAUCUAAACAGCGAAGCAAAUUACUCUAGAAGAAGCUUGAGCCUAGUUCUCUUAAUUAGCAUCCAUGAAAUAUUAAAAGAAUAUUUUCCUAAUGAAAUCGCGAAAAUUUGGACAAAAACUAAGUUUAAUCAGCUAUUCAAUGUACUUUAUGAUGCAUAUGAACACAAUAAGGAUAAAGCUUUGGAACUAAUGUCUUACAUACCUCGCAAUGUGAUAAAAAUCUAUUCAAAUAUUUCUUUCGAAUUUUUGGAAAAACUUCAUAAGUCGAUUAAACCAUCUGACUCCCUUUCAGCUUCUUACUUAGUUCUUUACUCUAUUAAGUUUGCUCAAAUAGGAAAAGAAAAUUCAUUUAAUGAUGACCAGUCGUACUUAUAUGAGUUAAUUACUUGGUGCGAGAAACAGCUAACAGUCGCAUUGGAAAUCGCAGAAAAAUCAAUAAUUGUAGCAGCAGGAAGUAAUCCAAUGUACGGAUUUAUAAGCAGCAUACGAAUUAUUAUUAGCAAGAUUAAUUUUAAUGAUGUCAAAACUUGCUCGAUGCGGAAAAGCUUUUUCGAAAGAUUAAUUUUAAUUCUUAAACGCUUAACAAAAGUUGCUGCUCCAAUUGUUAAUGAUUCAUCCCCUGAAGGCAUCUACCCAAACGAGAAUUUUCAUUUACUUAUGAAUGAUGAAAAUGAGACUUACUUAAGCAAUAUUAUCCAAAAUACCACUUCACAAAUGAUUCUAUUAUGUGCCUGGAGGAUUAUUAAGGAAUGUUCUUUGCUAUUUGGAGAUUUGUCAACAAAAGCUUCUGUACUAUGCGAGAGUGUAAAUGAAUUAUAUUCUGUUAAUCAAUUACUAGAUAUUGGAGACCACUUCUUAGAAUCACUUACAAACAUCAAACAUAGAGGUGCUUUUGAACAAUGCUAUAGUGGGUUUUCACAAUAUUGCUUUAGUUUAACAAGCAGUCAUAGCUUUGAGCUGCACAAUCUACCAUCAAAAAUUAUUAAGAAUAUUUUAGAAUCUAUGACUGAUUAUUCAGAAGAUUUACAAGACAAGAAGCUAAUUGAAAUAAAAAAUUUGUGUGCAACUCGAAGAAGUGCAGGAUUACCAUUUAUAUUGCAAGCACUUCUUUUGUCAGAAGUGAAAAUUUCAAAAUAUGAAAAUUUUCAUGUCACGAUGAAAACAUUAUUAAACUUAGCAAGAUUCGGAAAGGAAUUAGAUGCUAGAAUUCAUUCAUUAAACAUAUUAAGAGUACUUUACAAAUGUAAAGAGCUAAACGAUAUAAUUAAUGAAUAUAUUAGUGAAGGCAUAAAGAGUUCAAUCUUAGGAUGUGCAUCUCGGAAUUGGUCAGAAAGAAAUUCAUCGACGCUUCUUUUCUCAGCACUUAUGAUUCGGAUAUUUGGAGUACAAAGAAACAAAGAUUCUGAACAAAUCGACAUAAAAAACAAGAUGAGCUCUAAAAUCUUCUUUCUUCGAUAUCCUGAACUUUAUGAUUUCUUCAUGGAACAAUUGAGACAAUCAAAAGCGUAUGUCAGGAAGCAAGAAAUAGAUCCGAAACUAUUUCCUCUAUUGUUGAUAUUGAAUAGACUAUUUACUUCUAAUACUGAAAAAUGUGAAUCAAAUUUGAAGCUUGUUGAUUUCAUUCCGAUGGUAACAGCUUGUUCUGGAUGUGUUGAUUUGAAAGCUAGAAUUUUGUGUGCAAAAUUUGUGGCAAAUGUAAAUCCAACAAACGGAAUUAUUCCAAGAGUUAUUUAUAAUAUACAAAUUAUUAAUGAAUGCAUUGAUUUGACUUCAAAUGACAAACAUGGGCGACUUUUGGAAAUUUUAUAUCUUUUGAGAAAUGCUCCUGAUUUACAAACUAAACGUAAUUUUGAAUCUGCGUUGAAUAUUCUAAAUGAGCUUUUUGAUUUCCUGAAAUUGUUUAAUCAUCAAGUAAUUUGCCUUACAACAAUUCUUGAUUCUAUAAUUCAUGUGUUUCAAAAUAUAUGGAAUCAACAAUUCAAAGAGCUUUUUAAUCAUGAAAAAUUGGAGUUAUGCUUUGACUUUGACAAAUCUGCUUAUUUCGGUGUACAAGCAAUGCAGUCACAACUUAUAGCUAUAGAAUUGAUUCAAAUGCAACUCAAGAAUGAUAUAAAGUGUUUCAAAUUCUCUGGUUCAGGAGAUUAUUAUGGAGUUUUGCAAAAAUUAAACUGCAUUAUAUUGAUUUUCAAUAAUACUGAGAAACGUAAGAUUAUAGCUGAAGAAUAUGAAAUUGAUAGCAGAAUACACUUCUUCGUAGAUAAUUUAACAACAGAUAUCUAUAACCAAUUGAGAAAUGAGCUAUUUUUGAAAGAAGAAUUUAAAAUUGAAGUAGAAAAACUCUCCAAACACAAUGAUUUUGUGAUUCAAGCUCGCUCAUUUGAAAUAUUAAGCUUCACGAAUACAACAAAAAUCUUCAAUGAAGAAGAAAUCAAUUCAAUGUUAAACAUUUCAUUAACCAAGAAUGAUGACUACAAAAUUGCGAUACUAAAAUACGCAAAAACUUGGAUUCAAGAAAACGAAGACUUUGUUGAUGUUAUCGAUUGGAAAGUUGCAACAGAACUUUUAUGUUCUUCUUAUUUCGUCAAAAUAUCAAUUAUUGAUUUACUUAAGGCUGCGGAAAGAAAUUUAUGUAAUUUCUCCUUGAAAACGACGUUUUAUUUUUCUACUAUGAUUAUAAACAUAUUAAUGGAUGAUGACAUUGAAAUAAGCACAGAGGCAUCUAAAAUUGUUAGUAGUAUCGUUGGACGGAAUGAGAUUUAUAUUGGCUCGUAUGCUGUACAACUUUAUGUGAAGUUUUUAAUGAAAAACUCCAAAUUUCAAAUUUCUGACAAAGUUUUUCUCUUUCUGAUAAUUUUGUUUAAUGAAGAAAAAUUGAAUUCGGAAUCUUCAGAAAAAGAAUUUAAUGAGUUUGAAGUAUUUGAAAAGAGUGAGUCAAAUAGUACAAAAGAAUGGUUUGUUAUGCGAGAUAUUGUUGUAUCAACAGUAAAAGAUGAGUUUCAUAUUAAUAUGAUAUCAAAAAUUGAAAAUUUCUGUAAAAGAACAGAUCAAACUGUCAACUUUAAUGAUUUGCAAGAUUUCAUAACAAAAUUAAACUAAUGAGAGUUGAUUUAGAGCAACAAAUUCACUUUAUUCAUUAUUUUUUUUUAUUCAUAUUUUAACGAGAUAAUUUUUUAAGUGAUUCAUGUAAGAUUUUUAAAUUUAAAGAUUUUGAAAAAAAUUUGAGACAUUCAGAUUCAAAAUCAUAAUAAAAAUACAAUAAUACGAAUACUACUAUAUGUAACAAAAAGGUUUUUUUUUUUCAUCUAUACAGUACUUUAUUGCUUCGUGGUGAACAAAUUUUAUUCCAUAAUCAUCAUAAAUUUAGUCAUCGAUAAACUUUGUCUAUAACGAAAUUAUUUAUUUUUUUCUUAGUCGUCGUAUUGUUACUGUAGUAUCAUACUUUCAUUAUAUAUAUUCAUCAUUUAUAUCUUUCCUUUUUUGGCUACAAACAUUAAGGCAAGCGAGUAGAUUAAAAAAAUAAUUGUAAUUACAAAAAGAAAGGGGGUUUUUGGAUAAGGAGGUUCCCACUUAGGAAUGAAAUUCAUUUUAUUCAAUGAAGUUUCAAUCAAGCAAAAAGCAUUGUUUUUUUUUUUUUGGAGAAAUAACUAGGUUAACUAAAUGGUUUUCAUCACAACGUGUUUCAAUUUUUUUUUCAUAUUUUCUUCUUCUUUUCAUUCAAUAAUAUAAUCUUUUUUGUAUAAUUUUUAUCUUUAAUUUUUAAUUUCAUUUAUGAAAAUUUUCCCAACAUUUAAGAAAAUAUUUUUUUUUGUUUUCAAUUUUCAAUUCAAGGAAUAGUUAAAACUUAUAAUGAAAUUUAAAAUAAGUCAAUUUAGGAAGCAAGAACCAUCAACAAAUUCAUCCAAUUUAUUAAAAGUAAAUACCUAGGAUGGAAUCAUUCGAAAUAAAAUGAAGAUUUUAAUUUGUUAUGAGUUUUGCUAGAAAGGCGCUUUUGCCAUGACAAAUUUUGUACCUUUUAACAAAUGGAGCUUCUUAAGCUUUCAUCUACUCGUACACUUUAUUUAUCUAAAAAAAAAUCUAUGAAUCAGACUGUUUUAUUUGGAAUAAAACCUUAGAAAAUGUUAUAUUUAGGGGUUUUAUGUCCACUCGUGGAACUAAGGAUUAUCUAGUUGUAAAUUUACUAUUUUAGUGAAAUUAUGUCAAUCAGACAAAAGUACAAAAACAAUGUCAUGAAGAUAAAUUAGCUUAUGAAACAAGACUUUUGAAAGUUUCUUCAACAUUAUGCCUUGAUAGCAACUCAACUUUUGAUGUGAGAAUUGUACAUUAUUCCUGAACAGGAGAGGAUUUCGCAAGGAAAAGAAUAGACUUGCUGCUAUUCUGAACAAUUUAUUUUAAACAGUUGAUUGAUAAGCCAGAAAAUGUUAUAAUAAUUUCCAUCAUUAUCUGCUAUGAUCUUUCAUUUCAAAAAGUUUUUAAGCGUUCAUUUUCAUGAUUUUGAAAGAGAAUUAAUAAAAAAAAUUUCGUCAUAAUAAUAUUCAAUUGAUUCAUUAUAUUUUUUAUAACUAUAUGAUAGAAGAAAAUAUCUCGUACAACAAUUUUUAAUACAUUUUUUCUUCAGGAGAUAAUCAUAUUUUAUGAAAGUAAAGAUUCACUUUUACUAAGAUCAUUAAUUGUUUGAUAAAUUUCACGUCUUAGUAAAAUCUUAAUCUGGGUUUUAUUUUCAAAAGGGAAAGUCUUAUCUAAAGAUUUAUACUCAUUCUCAUUUAUUCUUUAGGAUUAUUAAUAUUCUUUUUUUUUAUCAUUAUUACUAAACUUAAUAACGAAGCGAUUUAUGGAUGUAAAUGUAUGUUUAUUUAUGCAAAUCGGGUGAUUUAAUGU